UGUAAAUUUUGAGCAAUGUAACAUGAAAACUACAAACACAUUCUGGUCGACAUUUGGUGCUGAACUUAACAUUGCUGAUUCCAAAUAUUUCAGAGAAGAUGAUGUCAAAUCUGCUUCUGAUUUCAUGAAAAAGUUUAAGAAAGAACAUUGGAAUAAUAAUCAUGUUUUUCUAUUCAUUGAUGAGUACGAUUUAUUGUUUGGAGCACAUGAAGAUAUUAAAUCCUCAUUUCUUAGAUUAAUUAAUGCCAUUAAGAACGCAAAGGAUUACUAUGCUCUCUUGUCUUUGGUAGCUAUUGGUCCCUUUAGUAUUUUACACCUGAGUUCAGAAAAAACAAGUAUGUCUCUAUUCAACGUUAAGGAAGUAUUUAGAAACCCAAAUUUCACACUAGAACAAGUGCAGACCAUAUUUAAAGAGUUUGAGAAUAACUUCAACUUGACCAUUGAUCUAGAAAUCAUUAAAGAUAUCUAUUAUAGGACAAAUGGACAUGCUGCACUUGUCAGUCUUUGUGGAAAAAAUAUCCAUUCAGAUUUAAUGUCAAAGCUUGAUGAAAACAGAAGGCUUGGGAUCUCAACCUGGUUAAACUUUAUUAUCAAUACUAUGGAAAAGAGAAUAUCUGAUUAUAGCACUUUCAGAAGGAUGGUUACUACACUCAAAAAGGAAGAAUCUAGGCCUGCUAUAGAACUUCUUCGAUAUGUUUAUCUGAGAUUUUUCGAUUUUGCACCAAUUCAUAACCCCAUAGAAAGAAAACUAGCAGAAUUCUUGACAACUGAGGGGGUACUAAUAAGGGAUGAAACGAACCUGACAAAUUUUAAAAUGUCAUCUAUUUUUGUUAAUGGUUUGAUUCAGAGAGAAGUUAUCCCUGUAUUUUACAAGUCCGCCCCGACAUGUGCAGUCCCCAUAAAAUAA